AUGCUUUUCAUAAUACCGACGGUGGAUAUCCUGCUCGCGGAGCAAACCGCCUUUGUGAAGAGACUGCAAGAAGAUGCAGAGAAACUGAACCGCCUCGGCUGGGGUCGGGCAGAAGAUGAUAGAACGUCUUCUCAAACAGGUUCUAGCAUGCAGUCUAACGAGGGGGGCCAACGGACACACGGAGAGCGCCGAUAUACAGUGCAAAGCAAACUUUUCGAUGGCCAAAUUCAUGGCUGGCUGGAACUUCCAUCAGCGGUCAUAGACGAGCAAACUCGACGAGAGGCUUUUGAUAGUGCGGUGCAGUUCCUCGAGAAUGUGCAUCGCAAAUACGGAUGGGAUUAUGAACAGUCUUGCAUCGAAUAA